UCAAGGCGAACGCACGCGAGCAGCGCAGCAACAGCAACAUCAGCGGCAGAGGAAAACUCGAGCUCAAGCUCCUCCGAGAGUAACUUAUAUAACGACUGAUUAGCCCGACGUUUACUUUAGUUAUUCGGUCAACUCUCGACGGUCAAGUUCGCAGCGAUCGCGACUCGACUGGCCCACAAAAAAAAAAGUACAUCAUCAAAACUCAAAUCAAACCUAAAACGCGCUACCAGGAAGUUCAGUUCUAAACGCGAUUUUGAAAAGGAAUAACACCAUAUAGCCCCAGUCAAGUGCCUUCGUCAAUGUGCAAUGUGUGUGAUCGGCAAACAGUGAUCAUUUACAUACCUGAAUAAAACUCAUCUCGAAAGUGAAGCGUGACUCAGCUGCGAUCGGCAAAACAAUACGAAAGGAAAGGAUACUUUUCGGUCACUUUUCCAGAAUUCACGACGACAACAAGAACGUUGAAUCACAGUUACGGUUGCACGUUAGCCCCGCCAAAUCCAACACACACGGACCGGCACUAGACCCGAUCCCAGAGGAUUGUCGCUCGAUUACACCGAAGUGGAAGAGCACGAGAGCAAACAGUUAAGACAAAAUGUUUCUACGCCGCUGCACCUUUCUGCUGCUGCUCUGUCUAAUUGCGAGUGACGCCGCCAGCGCCGCACGCAAAACAAAACGUCCUGUCAAGCCGGUCAAGCAGACCGUUCCGCGCAACAAUAUGACGCCCUCGCCGCUGGCAGCCGCAUCGGGCAACAAUGGCAGCUCCACGACCGCCAGCAGCAGCACCACCACCACCUCUACUACCACCACGACGGACGGAAGCAGCGACCAAGCGGCAGAGGCAGCCACCAUUGGAGCAGGAUCUCCUGCGGCAGCUGGAGCCGGCUCUGCUGAGCUGCCCAAGCCCCUGGCCACGCCCAUUGAGUCGCAGCCAGAGGCCAAGACGGACAAGGCCCCGGCCGUCCUGCAGGAGGAGGAGUGCGAUCCAGAUAUGAUUGGCUUUGAGAUCAUUACCGGCUACGUGCUGUCGGCCCCCUCGAAAAUGCUGGACACCUUGCCCGGGACCCUGAUGCUCACCGACUGCCUGGAGGCCUGCCAGAGCAACGAGUCCUGCAGCGCUGUCAACUACGAAACCGGCUUGUGUGUGCUUUUUAAGACGACCGCCGAUAAAUUGCCAGGUUCACUUUCGCGCUCGCAGUUUCCGGUUUUCACCAUCUACGCACAGAAAUCGUGUUUGGGCGUACGUCCUUGCUCCAAGGCCUGGUGCAUCGAUCGCGUUCAAGGUUACCGCCUGCCGGAGCACGUCAAAUCUAGUCAGACGGUUCUGUCGCGCCGCGACUGCCUGGAGCUGUGCCUAGGCGAGUCCGAAUUCACAUGCCGCUCGGCCAACUACUACCGCCACUCUGGUCUGUGCGAGCUCUCCGACAUGGAUCGCAUUACCCUCUCCGCUGGAGGCAGCGUGGAGCCCUAUGACGGAGCCGAUUACCUGGAGAACAAUUGUGCCGAAGAGCCGAGCAAGCUGUGCGAGUUUAAGCGCAUCUCCGGCAAGAUCCUGAAGACGGUGGACUCGGUUUACCAGGACAUUAACACCAUUGACGAGUGCCGCGAUCUCUGCCUGAACUCUCCCUACAGAUGCCACUCUUACGACUACAAUGACACCGGAGACAUGGUUUGCCGCCUGUCGCAUCACAGCCGCGCCACCCUCACCGACGUGAUGGAUCCCUACCUGGAGGUGCCCGAGGCGGCCACCUACGAACUCUCGGCCUGCUAUAACGUCUCGAUCGAGUGCCGCUCCGGCGAGAUGAUCACCAAGAUCCGCACCUCAAAGCUUUUUGAUGGCAAGGUCUACGCCAAGGGAGCCCCCAAAUCCUGCGCCGUGAAUGUGAACAACUCGCUGGAGUUUGACUUCCGCAUGGGCUACAACGACCUCGAGUGCAAUGUCCGCCAGAGCGCCUACGGCAGGUACAUGAACGACAUUGUGAUCCAGCAUCAUGACAUGAUCGUCACAUCCUCGGAUCUGGGAUUAGCUGUUUCCUGCCAGUACGACCUGACCAACAAGACGGUGCUUAACGACGUGGACCUGGGAGUAACCGGCGAGAUUGAGUCGUCUCUGAGCGAGGAGAUCACCAUCGAUUCGCCCAAUGUGAUCAUGAAGAUCACCUCGCGGGACGGCAGUGACAUGAAGCGCAUCGCCGAGGUCGGUGAUCCGCUGGCCCUGCGCUUCGAGAUCGUUGAGCCGAACAGCCCCUACGAGAUCUUUGUGCGGGAGCUGGUGGCCAUGGACGGCUCGGACAGUGCCGAGAUAACGCUGAUCGAUGCUAAUGGCUGCCCCACCGACCAAUACAUCAUGGGUAACAUCCAGAAGCUGGCGCACAACCGCAAGGUGCUGCUCUCGCAGUUCGACGCCUUCAAGUUCCCCUCCAGCGAGGUGGUUCAGUUCCGCGCCCUCGUCACGCCCUGCAUCCCGCGCUGCGAGCCCGUCAUUUGCGAUAGCGAGGAUGGCGCCAGCGGUGAGCUCAAGUCUUUGGUCUCCUAUGGCCGCAAGAAGCGAUCGGUGCUCAAUGGAACCGACGGUGCCGAGUUCAUGGUCAGCACACGCCAGCGACGGGAUGUGGGCCCUGCGGAUGAUAACAUACUGCUCAUGCAGUCCAUACAAAUCACAGACAAGUUCGGCUUCCAGCCGGAGGACGGCACCACCAAUGGCAGCGGCAAUGACAGCGGCAGCGGAUCGGGUCCACACGAGAAGGCCUAUGCGGGCGUUGCCCAGGACAAGCUCACUUGCCUUAAUGGCUAUGGACUCAUCAUGGCCGGAGGACUCUUCCUGCUGGCCCAGCUCAGCAUCUUUGGCAUCUGGAAGACCGUGCAGCGUCGCACCAGCAAGGAGCGGUACCUGUACCAGCACGAGCCUACACCCACCAUUACCUAUGGAGCACCCACCAUGCUCUAUGGCCCACCGCCACCAUCCUCCGCCGGCUCCUCGUCGGGAGCGUCGUACGUGGGCAGCGCCAAGGAUACGCUGAGCAAGCUAUACGACAGCGGCAUCAACGGGCGCUACGGACAGCAGUUCUAGGGGAGAUCUGAUCUGGGUGGCUCUCGCACUUAGCUGGGAAACACUUAGCUGGGAACAAACGCAAUAUGCCUCGAAAGCUUCAAAAGAUUCGAUGAGACUUGAAUAGAAAAUAUUCGCCUAGCAGCGACACACACAUGAAAAUCAUUGGAAAACCCUAGAUUAAUUCCAGCCUAGGCUAAGACUUUAAUUUAAUUAAUUUAAACGUAAAGUUUUCAACGAUUUUUUUAAACCGAUACGAGUAUCUCUCCAGAAUGCGCGCUUUUAAAUGCCUUGGAAAUCGGGAAAAUCGAGGUUCCAGCAUUUUAAAUCGGCGCAUUGCCCAGAAAGCAAGGAAAAUUCUCCCCCCCGCUAAAUUCGAGUUAGUUUAAAUUCACUCUAGCGAAAAGUUAGGCUAAUUAUAUAUGUAUGUUUAGUGAGAAAUCUGCUUCAUGUCCUUAUGUCUAAGUCCAGACUCGAGCGAAUUGCAUUUAUAACUAUUACACUAUUUAUUAUUAACUAUUGAGCUGCUCUGACAUUUCACCACAAAGUUUGCCAAAUAAUUUUGUAUCAAAAUGUUUUGCGCCAGGCUUCUGUGCAAGGCGGCAUUUCCAAAUUUUCCAACGCCCCCCAGACCCUAAACCGAAACUAUUACUCUAACUAUUUAUUUUCUAAUCGUACUUCAUAUUAUUUAUUGGCCGAAACGAGAGGCGGUGCUUAUAUUUUUAAGAGCUUCGACUUGUCCCCCCCUUCGGAGAGGGGGUCAGACUUAGUUAAAUCUCAAGACAGGAGAUGAAAAUUAAUAAACGAAAAUUUUGAUAAACGAAUUGUACUGAUUAAGUAAAGCAAUA